ACUAAGUAGCGUGCACACGCUUUUUGGAAAUCUCGUGGGUGAUUUUUACUUCGACUUUAAAAAAGACGCUCUGUUAUAACUAUUAUUUUUUUUGUUUUGUUUUUUUAGUACCAGUCUCUAGUCAGGACCUGAGUACAGCAGCAUGGUUCGGGCUAAACGAGUCGUGCGAAAACCAAAAGCACGUAAGGUAGAAGAGUAUGACAGCGAUGAUGCAGCCUGCUACAGAAAUGAGGAUAUCCCAGAUAAGACAUCAUCCAAGAGUUUGCAGGAUGAAAUAGAGCAUUUCCACAGUGCCAAAAUCUCAAAUCUUUUGGCUCAAGGCAUACAGCUGGACAGUGAGCAGGAGAAUGAUGCCGAUGAGGAAGAGGUGAUGCCCCUGACACUUGAGGAUUCAGAUGAUGAAGAGGAAGACGAGAAUAGCAGCAAUGAAGAACAAGAGGAGACUGACAUGGAGAGUGAUCUGGAAGGGAAAAGGGAUUAUGAUUUGCCAAAUGACAUGGCCUGGGGGAAGAAGAAGAAAAUGUACUAUGACUCUGAUUAUACCACUAAAAAAGGAAAACCGCUGGAGGAGAUAGAAGCAGAGGAUAAGGAGGAAGAAGAAGAAGCCAAAAACAUUCAGAAUCGACUAGCAGCCAACCUGAGCGAGGAUGACUACGAUCUAAACCUGCUCCAGGACUUUGCAGGUGAAGUGGAAGCUGAGAAGACUGAACAGGCUGCAGAAAAAGAGCAGAGGAUCAUUAAGGACCUAAACACAAUGUCCCAGAAAGAGAAGCUCAAACUACUGAAGAAGGAGAGUCCAGAGCUCCUGGAGCUCAUUCAGGAUUUCAAGGCUAAGCUGACAGAACUGCGAGACGAAAUACAGCCCAUUGUGCAGAUGGUAAAAGAUGGACAGAUUCCACCAGGAAAGGGGACAAAUUACCUCAUGAACAAGCAGCAACUUUAUUUUAACUAUUGUACAAACAUUAGUUUUUACUUGGUGUUAAAAGCUAAGAGAAUUCCAGCACAUAACCAUCCAGUGAUUGAGAGGCUGGUGACCUACAGAAAUUUAAUCAAUGAACUAGGAGCUGUUGAUGCCAAACUCUCCCCUCAACUGUGCCAGCUGCUUUCUGAAGGCCAGGGAAAGAGAGCGGCUAAAAAAACACACAGCAGCAAAAAAGACAAGCGUGAGAUAUCAAAAGUGACAGCUAUGCAGGAGGCUGAAGUGUCUGACUCAGAUGAAGAGGCAGCCCUGUUAUUCUACAAAGGCAUCGAGGAGAGACUGAAGCUAAAGAGAAAGAACAAGAAGCUGCCAGACGAUGGAUUAAUGAUGGAGCAGCAGGAGGCUGAAGAAGAAGCAGAGAUGGACGGAGAGGCUAAAAGGGGCAUUACCUACCAGAUGUCCAAGAACAAAGGACUCACUCCAAAGAGGAAGAAAAUUGACCGCAAUCCCAGAGUCAAACACAGAGAGAAAUUCAGACGGGCCAAGAUUCGCAGGAUGGGUCAGGUUCUUGAGGUUCGGCGUGAGGAUACUAGAUACACUGGAGAACGAUCUGGAAUUCGUGCUGGAAUUAAAAAGAGCACCAAGCUCAAGUGAUCCUGUUAUAUCAUGUGAUUUAAACUGUUCAGUUUGGGUAAAAACUGAUAAUUUGUGAACCAUUUGUUACAAUGUGCACAUCCAUUAAAAAAAAUCAGUUCUCAGAGUUGAUUCAUCAUGAA